CCUCCCGCCUCCCGGCUUCCCGCUCGCCUCCGGCCUCCUGCCUCGGCUCGUGCGCGCCUGCCUACCGCGGAGACCGCUUCGGGUCUGAAGUCGUAGCCAGAGCCAGAGCCUGCGCCAUGCCAAGGGAAAGGAAGGAGAGAGAUGGGAACGAACGGGACCCUAUGAAAGAAGAAGGUGGCACUGACUUCUCUGUUCGCUCCAGGAAAAGGAAGGCAAAUGUGGCCGUUUUUUUGCAGGAUCCAGAUGAAGAAAUUGCCAAAAUUGACAAGACUGUGAGAGACCAGUGUGGCAGUCAGCCUUGGGACAAUAAUACAGUAUGUGCAAAUCCCUGCUCCUUGAUCCCUACACCUGACAAAGAGGAGGAUGAGCUGGUAUACACAAAUUCUACAUUUGGGCCUCAGAGAUCUACACCAUCCAGAGCCUCACCACUUCCUUUACUGAACUGGGCAAAUAGAGAGGAGGUUUGGAAAAUCAUGCUAAACAAGGAAAAGAUGUAUUUAAGGGAUGAGCACUUUUUGCAGCGACACCCUCUUCUGCAGCCUAAAAUGCGAGCAAUUCUUCUGGAUUGGUUAAUGGAGGUGUGUGAAGUCUAUAAACUUCACAGGGAGACGUUUUACUUGGCCCAAGAUUUCUUUGAUCGGUAUAUGGCAACGCAAGAAAAUAUUGUAAAAACACUUUUACAGCUUAUUGGGAUUUCAGCUUUAUUUAUUGCUGCCAAACUUGAGGAAAUCUAUCCUCCAAAGUUGCACCAAUUUGCUUAUGUUACAGAUGGUGCUUGUUCAGGAGAUGAAAUUCUUACCAUGGAAUUAGUGAUAAUGAAGGCCCUUAAGUGGCGUUUAAGUCCCUUGACCAUUGUGUCCUGGCUGAAUGUAUACAUGCAGGUUGCAUAUCUAAAUGACGUAUAUGAAGUGCUACUGCCGCAGUAUCCCCAGCAAAUCUUUAUACAGAUUGCAGAGCUUCUAGAUCUCUGCGUCCUUGAUGUUGGCUGCUUAGAAUUUCCCUACGGUGUACUUGCUGCUUCUGCCUUGUAUCAUUUCUCUUCAUCUGAAUUGAUGCAAAAGGUUUCAGGGUACCAAUGGUGUGAUAUAGAGAAGUGUGUCAAGUGGAUGGUUCCAUUUGCCAUGAUUAUAAGAGAGACAGGAAGUUCCAAACUAAAGCAUUUCAGGGGGGUUCCUGCUGAAGAUGCCCAUAACAUACAGACCCACGUCAACAGCUUGGAUUUGCUGGACAAAGCCCAAGCAAAGAAAGCCAUAUUGUCCGAACAAAACAGGAUUUCUCCUCCCCCCUCGGGGGUCCUCACCCCACCACAGAGCAGUAAGAAGCAGAGCAGUGAGCAGGAAACAGUGUGACCACCCCAGCAUUCUCCACCAAAGACAGUUUUGCGGAAGUGCCUGCUCAUAGUUCUCUCCUGUCUACUGCAGUGGAGGCGUGUACUAGCUUUUACAGAUAUUUAAGUGAAGAGUAUCUCUCUUCUGCAACAGAAGUAUUUCUGUGAUUGGCAUUGGACAGGGAGAAGUGUUUUUUAUUGAAUACUUAGAUUUUUUUAAAUAAGUGGGUCAAGUACACCAGCCACCUCCAGAACACCAAUGAGUGCUCCACAUGCUGCUAAGGAGGGUGAUACUUGACUUGAUUGACUGUUCACACAAAUAACAAAGGCUUGAAGUUGAGGAGUGCCGCUGUUGCUGUUGGUCUCCCCUCGGGUGUUCUGGGUUGCCUCGUGUUCGGUGGAACAGGUGGUUGUGAGCAAGCAUUGUGAUGCACAGCCUCAACCAGCAGGGCCUGCCCUUUACACAUCAGUUGACAGUGUACCAUGCCUCUUAUGAACUUUUGUUUUGUAAGUGCUGCUAUGUCUAUCCGUUUUUAAUAAAGAUAAUACUGUCUUUGAGACAGCUGGUUUUA